CGGGAGCCGAGCGCCGGCGCCUCCUCCACCUCGUUCCCGAGGCUUCCCAGCACCCGGGGCUCCCCCCGCCGGCUCCCUUCCACUCUCGCUCGCUCACUCUUGCUCUCUCGCUCUCGCAGGGCCUUCCUCACGGUCCGUGCGAACAGGCGGUGGCGAGCCGUCUCGGACGCAGCAUGCAGGCGCGCUACUCCGUGUCCGACCCCAACGCCCUGGGAGUGGUGCCCUACUUGAGCGAGCAGAAUUACUACCGAGCGGCGGGUAGCUACGGCGGCAUGGCCAGCCCCAUGGGCGUCUACUCGGGCCACCCGGAGCACAUGGGCCGCUCCUACGCGCCCUACCACCACCACCAGCCCGCGGCGCCCAAGGACCUGGUGAAGCCGCCGUACAGCUACAUCGCGCUCAUAACCAUGGCGAUCCAGAACGCGCCCGAAAAGAAAAUCACCCUCAACGGCAUCUACCAGUUCAUCAUGGACCGCUUCCCCUUCUACCGGGAGAACAAGCAGGGCUGGCAGAACAGCAUCCGCCACAACCUCUCGCUCAACGAGUGCUUCGUCAAGGUGCCCCGCGACGACAAGAAGCCCGGCAAGGGCAGCUACUGGACCCUGGACCCCGACUCCUACAACAUGUUCGAGAACGGCAGCUUCCUGCGGCGCCGGCGGCGCUUCAAGAAGAAGGACGUGCCCAAGGAGAAGGAGGAGCGGGCCCACCCCGCGGCCGCCGCGGCCCAGGCGGCCUCCUGGUAUCUCAACCACAGCGGGGACCUCAACCACCUCCCCGGCCACACGUUUGCGGCCCAGCAGCAGACUUUUCCCAACGUCCGGGAGAUGUUCAACUCCCACCGGCUGGGGAUUGAGAACUCGACCCUCGGGGAGCCCCAAUUACAAAAGCUCUUCACCUGGGAGGCCAGGAUUCCUCUCCGCGGGGGAGCCGGGUUGGGGCGCCAGGCCAGAGUUCUACGGCUGCAAGCUCUGGGAAACACUGCAAACUUCAACAAAUACGCGGGGCUGGAGGGGACCCCUGCGCGCCCCGCCUGCCGCAGCUCUCCGAGGAGCUCCGACAAGUCCAAGAGCUUCAGCAUAGAGAGCAUCCUGGCGGGACGGCAGGGCCAGAAGCCGGCGGCAGGGGCCGAGCUCCUGGGGGGUGCCAAGCAGGAUCCGGGCGGCUGUUUGGGGACCUCGCUGCUGGCCGCCUCCACUAGUCUCUGUCCGCCUUUCAACGCUUCGCUCAUGCUGGACCCGCACGUCCAGGGCGGCUUCUACCAGCUCGGGAUCCCUUUCCUCUCCUACUUCCCUCUGCAGCUCCCCGACGCCCUACUUCACUUCCAGUGAGGCGCCCAGCGGAGCCGCUUCCCCGCGGUCUGCCCCGGUCUGGGCUUCUCCCGGGCCACCGUGGCUCCCGCUGCUGGGGGAAGGAGUCUUAAAAAACAACAACAAACAUCUUUUCCUCGCGGCGGUGUGGAUCCUGGGAAGUGUCUCCAACUUAUGCGCGCAGGUGUGUGUGUGGGGAGGGUGGGGGUGGGGGCGCUUCUUGGAGGGGACCUUCCCCGGACCUGGACGCCUUCGGAUAAUUUAAAAGAUCCUGCCCCGCAGGGAGUUUGGGCAUCUCAGACCUCCCACCGCGGGAGGAGAAUUCCUUGACCUGAGGUCAGUUUAAAGGUGUGAUCAUCGGCCACCCACCACAGGUCCUGCGUGUCUGGGGCACAGGAAGGCCAGACACCCCAAAGGCAGGACAGCGGGAGGAAGAGUGGUGGCUACCCCUUGCCAUUGCCAGCUCCAUCGUCGCUGUGACUCAGGCCUGGGCUCCCACAGGUCUGGGUUUGUCGCUGAAGUCCAGUUGUGGGGACACCGAAGGUGACCCUGUUUUUCAGGUUCUUUGCCAGAUCUAAGCCCUGGUGAGAGGAUUCACAACCAAUGUCCAGCUGGAAGAUGAGGAACCACAUUUUUAUUUUAAAUAGAGAAGUUUUUUCUCUCUCUCUCUCUUUUUUUCUUUCUAGACAGGAAAAGAAACAUGUUCUAUUCUUUGGCUAAACACUUGACUCUUUUUACUAUAACAAUUGCCCUGUGAAAACAUUUAUAUUAACAACUGUUAAGGAAGCGCACUCUAUAUAAUUUAGCAUAGUCAUUAGUCAACACACAUGUUCUCCAGCGCACAUUACCAACCAUAGCAGUAGACUGAUCUCUUUACUUUUGUUUUUAAGGGAGCAAAGAUUUCAGGGGGGACCGGAAGUGGGUGAAGAGGAGGGAACACGUCGCAGACAACAUAAGAUUUCCUAUUUUCAUGUCUUCUUCAAGACCUAGGUUUAACUGCUUUUACAUUUCCAGAAUUGGGUAGUGAAGGGCUACCAUCAUCAAAAAAGCUGGGUGAACAAACACAUGAAAAGCAGGCAAAGGGAGAGAUGGGUUAGGGGCGGGAGGAGUAAGGGAAUCUGCUGGUGGCCCCUCUUCUGGAACCAAAGAACAUAAGGCAUGCUGGGAGGAUUCUUGUAGACAUUCCCAGUCCACUGCGUCCCAGUCUGCAACGUGACCUCGUUCCUCCCUCCAACCCCUACCAAGCAGACCCAGAGCUGAAGCUAAAUAAACCCAUCAUGGAGGCGACUGGAAGUCUGGUGGGAGGGAUGGGUUGCAAGGCAGGGGUCUGCAGCAAAGAUCUAGUUAAGAAAAUUGAGAUUUUUUUUUAAAGAAAAUUGAGAUUUUUACAGUCCAGUUCAGCUCGGGACUUUUGGAAAAUGGACCUAGCCUCUGUGGUAUCUCGCUUUGGGCUAUCUUAGGAGUUUUGAAAGCCGAUCUUCUGAACCAAGUUACUUUAAUUUUAUCUGAUGUGGGAUAGGCACAAUAUGUCAUAUGUUCUGGAGGUGGGCUGCGAAAGGUCUUCAAAAUGACCUUUAGUUUCUAGGACUUAUAUAAAAAUGAACACGAACUUUACAUUAAGAGAGCCUAUUGGCUAAUAUGUUGGAAAGGACAUAUAGGACAAGCCUGAUAAUUUAAUAAUUUGUGGGCACAGAGUUGACUGUCUGAGAAUUCAUCCUUAAAGCUAUGUGCUACUGACUCAUACAUGUUUCCCUGGCGGCGUUCUACCCAGGCUGGUGGGAACACAUUAGUGAGCUGCAGGGCACCCUUGCCGUUAGGACGUGGAUGAGAUUUCAUUGCUGAGAUCUAGGCUCACUGUGAAUGAUUUAAAAUGUGGCAGAAGGGCUGCCCUUGGCUAUUUUGUUAUCCCAAAGCCUCAGCCUCUGUGAAUAAAGUUUUUUUUUUUAUU